AAAUGAAAAACUAAUUUUCAAACCAGAGUUUUGUUCAGUUCUUCAUCUUCUUCUUUUACAGUUAUUCACUUAUUCUGAUCCCACAACACAACUCACUCGCAAAUGCUCCCAAUUUCUUAUUCAAUUUAGGGUUUCAUCUUUCAGCUUCGAUUUCGCGCAUCCAUGGAUUCCAUCUACGCGAGCUCGUCGUGCACGGUUCCUCACCUUCUCCGUCGGGAGACUCUGUUCUCGCCGCGAGCCUCGAAUUCGGUUCUGCUCCGGCGAGCGAAGAAGGCGCGGCGAGAGAGGGUUUCGUGCUCCGCCGCGACAACGGGGAGCGGCGUCGGGUCGAACGGCGCCGUUUCGAGGGCGUUGCAGGGACUGAGCAAUAACAGUAACACUGCGCUGGAGCAGCUCGACAUCGAGCGUGGCGUAUGCAUCCCUUUCCGCAAGUACUCGCCCGAGAUCGUGAGGAAUAAGGUAUUAGAAUCAAGAGGAUCUAUUUUGUCACUUAUGUUGCGGGGAGUGGAGAUAGUUUGGAAUCUGGGCUUGUACUGGUCUAACUUGGUGUAUGAUUUCCUGGUUGGAAGGGAUGAAGAGGUUGUUCCGUAUCGUGCUCGACAGCUUAGGAAUCUCUUGUGUGAUCUGGGGCCUUCCUUUAUUAAAGCUGGUCAGGUUCUUGCAAAUAGGCCAGAUAUCAUUCGAGAAGAUUAUAUGAAUGAACUGUGCAUUCUUCAAGAUGAUGUUCCUUCAUUUCCCAAUCAAAUUGCCUUCAGAAUCAUAGAGGAGGAUCUGGGUCAACCCCUUGAAGCUGUUUUCAGCAAAAUCUCAUCAGGGACAAUAGCAGCUGCAAGUUUAGGUCAAGUUUACAGAGCUACAUUACGUGCAACUGGCGAGGAUGUUGCUAUCAAGGUUCAGAGGCCAGGGAUAGAGCCCAUUAUUUAUCGAGAUCUUUUCCUAUUCCGCACUUUGGCUUCAUUCUUAAAUGGCAUUAGUAUACAGAAAUUGGGAUGUAAUGCUGAGCUGAUUGUUGAUGAAUUUGGUGAGAAGCUUUUGGAAGAGCUUGAUUAUACCCUGGAAGCCCGUAAUCUUGAAGACUUUCUUGAGAAUUUUAAAAAUGACCCUACUGUCAAAAUUCCUCAGGUUUACAAACAAUUUUCUGGUCAACGUGUGCUGGUAAUGGAAUGGAUUGAUGGUAUCAGGUGCACCAAUCCACAGGCCAUCAAAGAAGCCGGUAUUGAUGUUGAUGGAUUUUUAACAAUUGGAGUUAGUGCUGCCCUACGACAAUUGUUGGAAUUUGGAUUAUUUCAUGGAGACCCUCACCCUGGAAAUAUUUUUGCCAUGCGUGAUGGGAGAAUUGCAUAUGUGGACUUUGGCAAUGUUGCUGUUCUCAGUCAGCAAAAUAAACAGAUUUUAAUUGAUGCUGUUGUCCAUGCUGUGAAUGAGGACUAUGCUGAGAUGGCUAAUGAUUUUACCAGAUUAGGCUUCCUGUCCCCAGGGACGGAUGUGACUCCUAUAAUUCCUGCUUUGGAAGCGAUUUGGCAGAACUCUGCUGGAAAAGGACUGUCAGAUUUUAAUUUUCGUAGUGUCACUGGAAAGUUUAACCAGUUGGUUUACAAUUAUCCCAUUCGAAUCCCUGAAAGGUUUUCACUUGUAAUUCGUUCUUUAUUGACCCAAGAAGGCAUCUGUUUUACCAUGAAACCUGACUUCAAAUUUCUUGAGGUUGCCUAUCCUUAUGUGGCUAAGCGAUUGCUGACAGACCCAAAUCCAGCUCUACGUGAACGCCUUGUACAGGUUCUAUUCAAAGAUGGUCUUUUCCAGUGGAAACGGCUUGAAAACCUUAUUGUUCUUGCAAAGGAAAAUGUGGCCAAGAUGAGCAGCAAUCCUGCAUUGCAAGUGAAAAACACGCAAAGCCAGAGAGACUUAAAAGUUGAAAGAAAAUUGGACCUCACAGACACAAUCAAAGAUGGAGCUCGCCUUUUCUUUGUUGAUGAAGGAAUACGCAGACAGCUUCUUCUUGCUUUGACUGAAGAUUCAAAGCUUCAUAUUGAAGAGCUUGUCGAUGUGUAUAGGUUGGUUGAAGAUCAGAUAGACAUACCUUCUGUUGCUGUAGAAGUAGCUAGAGACUUUCCAACAGUUGUCAGGGAUCUCCUACUUUCAUGGAGUGAAUCAGUCUUGUCUGAUGGAUAGCUAAAUCUUUGGACCACCUGCACAUAGCAUAUACAAUACUGUUUCAGUCAGAUGAGUAUACUUUACACAUGUUCUAUAUUUUCUCUAAAUUCUUUUUCUUUUCUAUAGUGAAAUUUUUGAAUGAAUGUGAACGAAACAUUUGUGUAGGAAAUCAGUGCUACAUCUGUGUAGGAAACGUUAUUUUGCUCAGUAAAUAUCAAGUUGUAAUUUCACGGGGAAAAGUCCAAAAAAUUCCAAAAAAUUCACGUAGUCGUUGAGCUUCCUUCAACUUUAUUUAUUGAAUAAAAUCUAUCUUAUGUUUAAUUUUCAUAUUCUGUUGGUGUAAAAAUUUUCACAUCAACUAAUAAAAAUCACCGUAUAGAUGACUUUUAAAGUAAUUUAAUUUCUGUAAGCCAAUAAUGUUAUUAUAUUUGACAAUUUAUGAUUGGAUAUUAGUGUAAAAAACUCUUAUACUAUAACUGUUUUAAUUAAAUUCUUAGUUAUUCAAAAUUCAGAUCACUAACAGCUUACACGAAUGUAUUUGUAAAGUUAGAAAAUCCUUUGGUUGAUCUCCUGUAUCAUUUUUGUUUAUAAGUGGAAAAAAAAGCGUCACUCCUAAUUUGUGUAUAAAUUUUAUUAUAUCUUUUUUUUUGAAGGCUUAUUAUUAUAUCUUAAGCUGUUAACCAAUUUUAGGCAAUUGCUAUGUUCACUCCCUCUUAUUUCUAAUACACUUCACUUUUCUGAAUUUAUAAAUUUUUUAUCCCUAAAUACCCUGGAUGCAGAAAUUAAUCAAAAGCGAAAUAGCCAAAUAGGGUUCGUUCAUUCGCAUCAUAGUCGCUUUGCGAUGCAUGGAUCACAAAACAAACACCAAGGAUUCACUCUUACUCCACUUCAAUCAUUGUGCUUCUUCUCACUGUCUGGAUUGGCUUCCUUCGGGCUUUUGAAUAGUUGUGGUUUUGAGAAGAAAAAAAUGAGGAUUUUUUUUCCUAUUUUUGAUUGCAUUAUUUUAGUCUUUGAUGAACUUUUAACUUAUAGAAUAAGAUGAGAUGAUGAUUUUAAUUAUUAUGGGUAUAGUAGUCUGGAUGAGAGUAAAGACGAUCAAGGUAGUCGGUAGGCAUUAUUUAUUUAUUUGGGGCAUUUUGUUUAUAUAAGAGAUAAGAGAUUCUUUUAUUUAGAUUUUCAUGAUUGGGUUAGCUUGAACUUAAAUUGUGUAUCUCUAUGAUGCUUUGGUGAAUAGGUGGGGGAAUUGCAAAUCACAGUAAUGGGAAUUUGCAUAAAUGGGAGGUGGUCUCGAAGUGUUACAACGAGAAGAGCAAUUUUUAUGGGACAUGGAUCAAAGCUAGGAGAGCAUAUUCAGAAUAUAACGCGUUAAAAGAGGCCAAAAGGGGAGCGGAUUUUCUGGAACCAGGGUAUUUUAGGGGUAAAAGUUGUAAAAAAUAAAAAGAUGGGAGUGUAGUAGUAAUUAGGGGGACUGGAAAUAGCAAUUGCCCCUAUUUUAUUCACCUCAUUUUUUUCCCGUAAGCCUUGAGGUCUUUUUCUUUAUCCACUCUCUAUAUUUAUUAGAAUAACUAUUUAACGAG